AUGGUUGAACCACUUGAACCGCUUGAAUCGAUUGACGGCGGAAAAGCCUGGUAUUACUGCCCCAAGCCCAUGGUCCUCGGCGAAGCCCCGAUUUACCGAGCCAGCGACUCAACCUUGCACUGGGUGGACUGUCUCUCCGAGCCCCCAGAGCUAUACAUCCUUAAGGUAGACCCCCAAACCGGCGAUGCCAUCGGGGAGGCGCGUAUCAUUCCCCUUGAAGACAGCGUGACGGUGGCAUUCUUUCGCAAAAGUCACCCCAGCAGUUACAUCGCCGCGUACUACCAAGGAGUAUGCUUCAUGGACGAGGAAACAGGAAAAUUGGAGGUUGUGAAGGAAAUUAUCCCCACUGACCAACGCGAUGAGCUUCGUUUCAAUGACGGUGGCAUUGAUGCGAAGGGCCGGUUUUGGCUGGCGGAGAUUGAUAAGCGGGCGAUGGCAUUUGGACCUAACCAACUUCCGGUUAGCUAUGGAACUCCCAGAGGCCGACUGUGGAGGUACGAUCCGGAUGGUAGUUUACAUUUGAUGAUUCCUGAGGGAAUUGUUUGCGGGAAUGGGCUUGCUUGGAGUCCGGAUAAUACGACCAUGUACUUCAAUGACUCGGUUGCGAUGAUGGUCUUCGCGUUUGACUUUGACUUGGAAUCAGGCCGAAUUUCGAACAAACGACUUCUCAUUGACAGGCGCUCAUCAUAUGGCGAGCCAGAUGGCAUGGUUGUCGACUCCGAUGGGAAUCUUUGGAUAGCCGUGUUCGCAUCUCAUCGAAUCAUGGUCUUUACACCGGAAGGCAGGCACCUGAAAGACAUCGUAGUGACUGCCAAAAAUCCAGCCUGCACAACAUGGGGAGGCAAAGAACAUGAUAUCAUCUUUAUGGCGAGUGGAAAAGAUCGCACGACUAAUCCGGAACCAAAUGAUGAGGGCGGACAUAUGUUCAAGUUUCAUCCCGGGGAUGCUCGGGGGUAUCCAAAAUUCGAAUUUGCAGGAUAG